AUAUUUCGAACUCGGAUAAAGUUCGAUCAAGAGGUAUAAAAAUGUAACCGGCCUAGAGGCCUGCAUCUGUGUCCAGUGGUACCUCCGAAGAUGAAGUUCGCGGUGUGUUUCUUGGCUGUCGUCUCCUGCGCUGUGGCUAUGCCCGCAGAUGUCCCUUUUGAGGCGCUUGAGGAGCUCGACCUGUCAAAAAUCGUCCCAAACAACAUCUAUCUGGAACCAGAGAAUCCCAUAGACGAAUCCACUCUCCCGGAAGGCAGGAUCAUCGGUGGUAGUGAAGUAAGCCGCAAUUCUGUUCCAUAUCAAGCGGCCCUACUCAUCAACGGAGCCAGUUUGUGCGGUGGUUCCCUGAUCUCCACCAAUCGUGUCUUGACUGCCGCCCAUUGUACCAUCAGGGCCUCUAACGUCAAUGUCAGACUUGGAGCUCACGCUUUCAACACCAACGAGGCCACCCAGGUGCGCAUCACCAGCACCAGCAUCAGGAACCACGCCAACUACGAUCAGGGCGGUUUCGCCGCCAACGACGUCGCCAUCGUCCUCCUGCCUUCCGCUGUAACCCUCAACAACAACAUCAGGACUAUUUCUCUAGCCCCCGCCAACUCCGGUACAUUCGCGGGAUCUAGGGCCUUCUUGUCGGGAUGGGGAAGGACUUCUGACGCAUCCAAUGCUGUCUCGGCAGUCUUGCGAGGUGUGAACCUCAACAUCAUCACCAACGCAGUCUGUGCUCAAUCUUACGGCAACAACGUCUUGGCUUCCAGCAUUUGCACCUCUGGAGCCGGUACUGUCGGUGCUUGCAACGGCGACUCUGGUGGCCCGUUGGUGGUUGGCAAUGUCCAGGUGGGUGUCGUCUCCUUCGGUUCUACACAGUGCCAAGCCAGAAACCCAACCGUCUUCGCCAGGGUCAGUUCUUUCAGGAACUGGAUCUCAACCAACGCCGGUGUCUAAAUUUCGACUCGACUUACAGCUGUGUUAAGGAAAUAUACGAUUAAAUAAAGAGCAUCCUAAAAUACCAAA